GAUAUAUAAGGAGACCUUAGAUGGACGAGUGCGCAAUUUCAUGUGUGAUUCGCACAAAGAAAGUGAAAUUUUUGGAAAGAAACUUUUUUUAAAUACCUAACAAGAUGAAAGCCGUACUUUCCAUUGCACUUGUGAUGUGCUUGGUGUCUAUGUUUUAUACUCAGGCCCAAGAGAUUGAAUGCCCAAAUAGACCACCAAGAGAAGGAGAGAAUGCUAUUCUCAUCCCUGACCCUACCAACUGCAAACAUUACUUCGUCUGUGAUUACGGGCGAACGAUCUUGAUGGAGUGUCCUGGUGAUAUGCACUUCAAUCCCAUAGAAAAAGUUUGCGAUUUUUCAUGGAAAGCUGGAUGCACGGCUAAUGAACCAUAUAAAUAACGCGAUUACAUAAUUGUUUUACAUGAUAUAUAUAUUUUUUCUUUCUGAAUGAAUAAAUUUAUGCGCUUUAUUUAAAGCUUUAUCUUAUAUUUUUAUUUUAAUUUAAUUAAUUUGUAUCAAUAAAUGACACGAU